UAGCCCCAUCCGCAGCUAUGCUCUUCCUGCAAGAAAAUCGACACUGAGCGAUGGCCGCCUAUCCAGAGAGCUGCUUGGAUGCUACCGUGCUGAACUUCGUAGCAGAUCUCUCUCUGGCCUCUCCCAGACACCCUUUUCUCUGCGAGUUCCCACCUGGGGUCCCUUUUGAGGACCAAACACUGGGGUUCAGAGAAGGAAGACCCAGGAGGUUGUUGCAGUUUGAGGGAAGAUACCAAGAAGUAGAGGGGGCAGAAGUGGACUAUGAGGACCCGGAAGAGGAGGAAGAGGAGGGAGAGGGGCGCGGCCGAGUAGCAUCCUUGCUGGGCCGCCCCAAAAGGAAAAGAGUCAUCACUUACGCCCAGCGCCAGGCCGCCAACAUUCGCGAGAGAAAGAGGAUGUUUAACCUAAACGAGGCCUUCGACCAGCUGCGCAGGAAGGUGCCCACCUUCGCUUAUGAGAAGAGGCUGUCCAGGAUCGAGACCCUCCGCUUGGCCAUCGUCUACAUUUCUUUCAUGACCGAGCUCCUGCAGAGCAAGGAGGAAAAGGAGGCCAGCUGAGCGGGGAGGGCUGGGACGAGAGACACUCCCCCUCCCCUUCUUGCUUGGCGGGGUGCGUCUGAAAGGCGAAAGGACCCUUGGCCUUCUGAGCCUAGGUUUGAGACGGUAUGAUCCCCACUCGCUGUAUCUCUGCAGUGAAUACAUUGGGGAUCAGGCACAAAAAAAAAAUGGCUAAAUUGACAAGUUAGGAGUUCCCGAGGUCAAGGCUUUAGGGGGUUAGAGCUUCUUGCCUGGAACGGGUGGGAAACUGGUCCGCUCCUCCAAGGACCUUUGCUGAGCUUCUCUAAAGUCUGAUCUCUUCUCCUUGCUCCCUUCAAAAGUAGAAAU